AUGGAUACAGAAAAAACUAACAAAUUCUUGGAGGAAAAUUAUGAUGGUGUUUUCGUCCACCAUCUUAGUGAAUACAUCAAGAUUCCAAAUCUGACUCCUGCAUUUGACCCUGAGUACAUGACCAAUGGGCUUCUUGAGCAAGCUAUCGACUAUGUUGUCAAAUUUGCUGAAGAUUUGCAAAUCGAAGGCCUCAAGACCCACAUCAAGAGAGAAGAAGGCAGAGUCCCAAUGGUCUUGUUCGAACUCCCAGGAGCAAGCUCAUCAAACGUCAUGAUCUACGGCCAUCUUGACAAGCAGCCACAUAUGGAAGGCUGGAUCGAAGGCACUGGGCCUACCACCCCCACCAUAAUUGGAGACAAGCUCUACGGCAGAGGAUCUUCAGAUGAUGGAUAUGUGCCAUUCGCAGUGUUGCUUGCAAUCAAGAACGCAAUUGCUCAGGGAGCCGAACUCCCCAGGAUUGUCUUGGUGCUUGAAACUGAAGAAGAAAGUGGAUCUCAUGACCUUGUGCCACUGCUUGAGGCAUCAGCAGACAUCAUUGGCACCCCAGACUAUUGCAUCUGUUUGGAUUCAGGAGCUCUUGACUAUACUUCAUUGUGGCUAACUUCAACUCUCAGAGGUUUGGUAGCUUUUAACUUGAGGGUUAGCGUCACCGAACUUGCAUGCCAUAGUGGUAUCAGCGGAGGAGCUAUCCCAGAGUCAUUCAGAAUUGCUAACUCAUUGUUGGAUAGAAUUGAGGACCCAGAAACUAGAAGAAUCGAACUUCUUGAAAGAGAAAUCCCAGACUCAUAUAAAGAAGAAGCUAAACAUGUAUCUUCCAUUUCAGGUGAAGAUACUGUUAAAGGUUUCAAGUUCUUGGCUGGUGUCAAGGCAAUCAACGAAGAUGACCUUGCUGAGCUGUAUCUUAACACCACCUGGAGACCAGCUUUGGCUAUCACUGGAGCUGAUAACCUCCCACCAACAUCUAAAGCAGGAAACGUUGUCAGAGAUUCAACUACUCUGAGAGUAUCCAUUAGACUUCCACCUGGUGUAGAAAGCACAGAAGCACUUGAAAAAGUUAAAGAUGUAAUCACAAAGGAUGUCCCAAACGAUGCUAAGGUUGAACUACUUGAGCCAUCAACUGGAGACGGAUGGCAGAUGAAGGAUCUGAGCGAGAAGACCACUAAAGUUCUUAAUGAUGCUUCUGAUGCAUUCUUUACCAAGCCAUGUGGUAAAUAUGGUAUUGGAGGAUCUAUCCCAUUCCUGAAAGUAUUAGGAGACAAAUAUCCUUCAACAGAGAUCCUUGCUUUAGGAGUCCUUGGGCCAGAUACCAAUGCUCAUGCUCCUAAUGAGACAAUUGAUUUGCCUUUCACGAAGAAGUUCUUGGGAGCUCUCUCUCAUAUCCUUCCAGGGCUUGUUUAAGCUAAGGAGUUAAGGAUUACUAUAACUUUGUUUUGAUGGAUUAAAUCCUUUCCAAGUAAAAUUCA